AGUCCGCCUGUGUGUACGUUUUAGGGAAGGAAGUAAGUUUCGGUUACUAGCUGUGUUUUGUAAACAACGGAAUAAGUAGCAGUCAGAAAAGUGCAUUUUAAUUUAGAAUUUCUUAAAAAUUAAACGGAAUCUUUCUGUUCAAUUAGUUCGGUGUAAUUCAACGGUUUUUAUUUGUUAUCUGUCAGUUGAUUCAUAAUCGAUUAACUCCGUCUCAAAACACUUUCCGUCUAGAUGUACACUGUUCAGAAGUCGUCUCUGCGUAGGCAGCACACUAAUAAGAAAUAGUUUGAAAGUGUUUUGUGAUGGAUCCGGAGGUGUCUCUCAUGCUGCACUGUGAUCCAUUAAAAGCUCUUGGAGAAAAUCAAAUUCACGUAGAGAUUUCAGACAGGUUCAAUCGUCAGAGUUUUCCUGAAAUCGAGCAGCACAUUGAAGCCGUGUGGAGUGACCGCGUGAGCAAAGAACCGUGGCUCUUCAACGGAGCUAAAUUCAGACUGCAUUCGGCGGUGCUCUCCGUCAGGGAAAACGGACCAGUGGCGGAACACGCCGUCCGAAACCCAACGCGAUCGCAACACGGCGAAGGAGAGCGGUUAGAGAGUGCUGGCAAAUCCCAAGGAAGCUCGCCUAAAGAUGAGCAGCCGUGUGUGCUGACGUUACGGUUAGGCCUGACCUGUUAUAAAGACUAUCUCGGGACUAACUGGUCACGAGAGGCCGGGCGGCUGCAGAGUCACGGACGGAACGAAUGCGCAGAUCCGCAGGCCUUCCUCGCUCAGCCGCUGGGGGUCGGUGCUGUCGUGGCCACGGCGGACGGAGACGUCGUCCUGCUGAGGAGGAGCCAGAAGGUGGCAGAGGCUGCUGGCCUGCUAGACAUACCUGGAGGUCAUCCUGAGCCGAAGAUGUUGUGUCCAGAGGUCAGCGAGGAGGCCAUAUGUGCUGAUCUCCUGCAGGGUAAGGAGAGAGCCGUUGUGUCAGAGGUCUUCUCCUCGGUGUGUGCAGAGAUCAGUGAUGAGGUGAACGUUCCCGUCGGUUCUCUGAGCAAACCGGUGUUUAUGGGAAUAGCGCUGAACCACACUAGUGCGGGACGACCCAGUGCGGAGUUUUACGUCCGGUGCACUUUGACAACCGAGGAAGUGAGAGAUUUAUAUAGACGUGGAGGUCCUGAGGCGCAUGAGUCCACUGAAAUACUGUUUCUGAGUCCAGCGAAACUGUUCCAGUUGAACGAGCGCUGCCCCUUGUGGUCAGAGAUGUGUCCUUCAGCGAAGGGUGCGGUACUGCUGUAUCAGAGGGUGAUGGUGCCUGAUUACUGAGUUUAAUCAGAUACAUAACCACUUCUGAAUAAUUGCACAAGCAGAUCAUAUAAUCACAUCAUUUAAAGAUACAAAAAAAAAAGUGCUGGAAAUGUACUCGCCCUCAUGCCAUUCAAAAUGUGUGAGUGCUCAGUUCAGUUUUUUUUUGCUCAAAUCCGAUUCAUUUAUUUAUUUAUUUUGUAUAGCUGGUCACAUUGUUGUUUUAAAAGUGGCCAAUAUCAGAUUUCCACUGUGACCGGAUCAUGCUUCUGAACCAAACUGCAUGCACAAACGAAAAGGGUUGCCAGGUGUUCACAACAAAAUCUGACUAAUUGCUUCUCAAAACUAGUCCAAAACUAGCGCAAUUGCAUUUCGGGGGGAUAAUAUCGCAUUAGUGGGGUCGCUUUAACCCAUGAAGUUGUAAAACAAUCCGCGGCAAUUAUGAAAAAGU